UCCCACCUCUAACAUUAAUUGACAGGCUAAAAGAAUCUAUUGUACAUUCUUCAACUUAAUACAGAGCAUGAACUGUGUAUUACACAAGCUGUCCCAAUGCCAAGUACACUCACUGUAUUCACAUGCCUGGAAGGCAGCUAGCUGGAAUCAAUAGGAGAGACCUGUUAGGAAGCUGAGAUUUUCCUUCAAAAAACCAAUCUCUGUCACUGCAACCAGAGCCAAUGAGGUUCUUUAUAUCUGUAAAACCACAGAGGAAUUAGUAAUGUUUCUCAAGUGUAAGACAGAGACAAAUUUGACCCAGUACUUAAAUUAGUUUCCCUAUUAAAGCUGAAUACCCUUGAGGUUCAACACAAAGGUCAAGAACACUUGAGGAAGAUUUGCCAAUUCUGGUAAGCUACUGUAUUUAAAGAAAAUGAAUAUAUCAUCAAGACUAGCACCAGAGCACCAUUGAAAGUUGUAAUAGUUUUGUUGCUAUUGCCUUUCCACAUCAUAACAUUAAGCAGUGCACUGGGAGUUAAAGAAUUAAUAAUGCAGCUCCAGUCUUGGAAGAAAAGAACAAACUACAGCUUCCCAAAGACUUCACUAUUCCAUUUGUGGUUUAUAUUCAGCGGGAAAAGAUAAAACUAACUGGGAGUCAUGAGACUGCUCUUUUUCUGCUUAUCUCUGCAGUGUGGUCCCUAGCCAUCUCGUCUACAGCAUCAGAGUAAGGCCUUCAGUUUUGGGCACUCUCUCAUUUAUUUGAUUAAUUAGUUUCAAUUCCAAUUGUGUUAUAUUGUGUUAUCUUGCAUUCCUCUAUCAUAUUUAGUAAAUUAGUUUUCUCCCUUAGUUCUCUUGCUGCUGACAUUCCAUAGUCCUGUUCUGGCCCACUGACUCUGUUAGAGGCAGGUAUCAGGAGGCCUUAUGCCCUAUUGAGAUUAAAGACCUUUCCUAUAGAAUGUCACGAAACAUGAUAUGUCAUCACUGAUCAGUAGAGCCCUGCUUUGCCUGGAUGAACUACAGCGAGAUGAGCAGUUUCUCUCCUUUGAUUGCUACAAGAUGCCAGCCAAAGUUGUGAGUUUCUGAAGUGCAACACAUACAUUUCAAAGGAUUGACAAUUAACAAAAUCAGUCUAGAUGCAGUCAAAGAGCAUGUGGUUUUGCUUUUGAGCUGUGUAUUCAAGUGGGGGAAAAAAGAAUGUGUUGCAGUGUGCUCCUCCAAGAAUUCUGCAGAUACUUUGCUUCUGUACUUAGGUUUAGGUAGUCUUCCAAUUUUUGCUUUUUUCUCCUGUCCGCCCAGAGAAGAGAAUCUGUCUCCUAGAUUUUAAAGGAAUUGGAUGAUAGAAUUCCAAUUUCACUUUGGUGUUCAAAUAUCACAGUUAAUGAAAAACACAUAUCUUAAAAAUCUGUUCAGCGUUUGGCUGUUAUUUGAUGGCUUGAUGGUCAGAUAUCUAGUUAGAGCCUAUGUUAUAACAGUUCAUCUCUGCUGCCUGUCCAUAAUGCUUCAGCAAUAACUGGCUAGAGACAGAUAGAUUUCCAGAUGACCAAUUAUUUUCCAACUCAGCUUUCAUCUGAAUUUAACCUGAGGGUCAAUACUUGUUCACUUAAAAGGACUAUUUUGUAACUCAGUGCAGCUUCCACUGGUACCAGUGGCUCUGACCUCUGACUUGCCAGAUCCUCUUCCGUUUUAUUAGUUAUUAAAAACAAAACAAAAGAAAACCUGUUCUACUCUUAAGUAAUACUCAUGGUCAUGUGUACACAGCCUAACUCAAAAUUGCAUCAGAAGCGGAUGGCUCAGCUCUGGCUGUACUAGUCUUUGCCCAGGGGGAGAGAAAACUGUAAGUAAGUCAGAACACAUCUUCAUCCUCUAUGGGCAGGAGAUAAAUUGAAUGAGACUUUUUUUCAUUUGUCCUUUCUCCUGUUUUGAGAUUGCCCUCCUUCUUCACUUGAUCUUCUCCAACCAUUUAUUUUUAUCUACAGCUGCUGUCCACAGAAAAGUUCAACAUUUUUCAGAGCUGUCAGUUGCAGUGGCACAGCAUGCUGCACACAAAGGUUCCACCUUUUGUGUACAUCUGCUGCAUCCUAUUUUCCACAGCACCCAAAUGAACACUGAAGACCAACUCCAAUUUGUACAUAUUUUGCUGGGUGUACAGCAGUAGCUUGGUAAGGAAUUUAGAGAUGUCCAACAAGGAACAACUCCUCUUUCCCUUAUAAAGAAAUGAACCCUCCUGUAUACUCUUGCAAAGUACUAUAUCUCUUUCAAGCUCAGUGCACAUAGUAGACGGCACAAGCUGUGAGAAUUUCUAUGUGAGAAGUGAGUUCAUUGUCAUACCUUAGCACUGAUCAGGAGUAAUAUUAUAAUCUGUUCUCUUAAGCUGGUCUCAGGACCAGAACCAGUGAUGGUUUCACAGAAAAGAGGGUGAUAGCCCUGCCUGACCUUAGAAGAAGGACAUGAGAUCACAAGCAAACUCAAUUAAACCAAGAUGGUGACAAUAAUGCUUCUUCAGGAAAGAUGUUUUGUACCCUCCUCUUCAAAACAACAAAUGCAUUCAUUAGAGCAGCACCAGUAUACAACUGUGUUUCUCCACUGGUUGGUACUGCUACCAGCUCGCAAUGGUUUUGUUCAGCCUUCUUUGUCUCCAAACAUUCACGAGGAUCCCUGCCUUGUUAAUCAUGUAAACCCCAGAAAAAUAAUUUAUUGACAUUUAGCUCUGCUUUAGUUAUGUGUUUUAACUUUUCAAGCUACAAGGUCUUAACUGAAGCUAGUUCAAUCUCUGAGAAUACAUUUACACUAGAAAAUUAUCAGAGCCAGGGUACAAGCAUUAGUACUAAUGGCAUUACUGAUUGCUGAAUUAUUCUCUGGCAUAGUUCUAGCUCACGUCACUGGAUUUGCAGUAUGUAGUAGGGGACAAUAUGUUCCAAUCACUACUUCUCUGGAAACACAAAGGUAUAAUUACACUAACAGAUACGUAACCAUUACAUCUGGCUUCAGGACUAACUGGAAUUCUCCCCCCCCCAAAAAAAAAGCCUGCAGUGGAAUCAUGGGACAUACAUGUCUGAUAUUCAUGGGACAAACAGCAAUACCUCUUUAUGCAUUUUUGCCAAACUUAACAUAAAACAUAAAACCCUCUUGCAAAUAGCCAUUUAUGCAAUGUACAUGUUCACAUCCCAUUCAUUGAAGAAACAGAGGAUCCUCUUAAAGCCAUUUCAUUGCCCUAUGCAGAGGCAUUGUGCCAUCCUGUUAUUCUCAUCUCAUUUAUCAGUGAUAAGCACCUUGUCUGAGGCAAGAAGUGGCUCUUCACAUAGCUAUACAUUUCAAAUCUGUGAGAAAUAAAGGGUCCUGUUAUGGUCCUCCCAUACAACUGAUAACUACUACCAAAAUGUAUGGCACUAACAAACAGGGCAACAUAUUUGCCCAUGCCCUUCAUUCCAGCACCUGCUGGAUCAGGUAGCGUGUUAAUGCACAUACCCAUUGAAUUUAAUCAUACAUCACUUCAUAGAACAAUUUUUGUACAAUUUUCUAUUAUUUGUCCCUUUUCAGAACUAGUUAUAUUUUAACAUUCUAUGUAGAUCCCCGGUGUUUUGGAGUUGUUUUGGGUUUUUUUUCUUCCACUUUCCACCUUAAUAAUUCUUGACAGAAAUGAAACUACUGCUAUCUCCCUGUGGGUGCUGUUUAUUUUGCAUAAUUUGUCUAAAUACCAUAUACUAGUAGACGCCAAAAUAAUCCUGUGUUUAAUUUGCAGAUAUUCCCUGUAUAACAACCUAAUGUAUUCAAUUCAGUAAGCAAGAAUCCUUAAAAAUAGGUUUUACAACUUUGGAUGAUCUAAACAGAUCAAUCCCAACAUAACCAUCCUGAUAAUUCAAAUGUUCUCAAGCUUUCAUUUGUAUUUUGCUUUUUUUUUUCCUAACUGCUCCAUCUGGCAUAGCAAAAAGGUUCCACCUAGACCACCUUAACUGCGCUAGAAGCAGUGAUGCUCAUACAAAGGAAUAAGAACAUAAAAAUAAUGUAAAAGGAUAAUUGAGUGCAGAAGUAAUAGCAGAAGAAAGAUGACAGAAGAACACAGGGAUCAAUCUAACAGGAAAAAGGGGGACUGACCUUCAUGGUCAGUGACCUUCCCACAUGAACAAGAUCUAAGUCUCUACCAGAACUCUUUUAAGGUCAAGAGCCCCUUGGGAGGAAAAAGGGCAACUCUUUACCCACAGAUUCAAUUUAGAUAGCUUUGCAGCUGCUGCUUCAUCCCUAAGCUUAAUUUGGUUACAGCUGGUUAGCUAAGAAUCAGGACAAAGUGUGACUUAACUGUAGGUAUUUCAUGGGUAUAGGUCUUUAUAUAGUGCAUGUUAUGAAAGAAGAGUAAGGCCUGUUGAAAAUAACUUGUGCUGGCAAUGUUCAUCACUUGAAAGUGACAUGAAACCAUCUUGGUGAGCUGUCAGCUGCAACUUAGCCAAACACUGCUCAGUGUGUUCAUUCACUGUUUCCCCUAAGACUGAACUGGGAGCCUUGAAAGAAAUCCUUCACUCACUCAUUGUCUCCUGUUCCCUGCUUUCCUUUAGAGAGAUUUUCUAUAGUCCACCCAUAAUUCAGAUUGCCUGUUGUAACAAAGCAAAUAGUGGGUGCUUUUUUUUUUUUCCAAGUAUAACAAUUUCCUUAAACUAUAGUUUUAGCAUUUUAUGAUUUUCAGAGAUGCCUCUAUUUCUUACUGCUGCUAGCAUAUUACUAGGAUUAAUCCCUUGCAGAUUUCUAUAUAUGGAUAACUAAGCACAUGCUUGCCUGAUGAUGUCAACUUCAGUAGCUCCUUACAGCAUGCAUUUGUAUUGAAUCCAGAUGUUCAGUCCAACAUCGGUCACAAAGAACACUGUCACUGAAACAGUAUUUGCGAGAGAAAAAUUGACUAGGUUCUGAUGAUAUGUAACACUGAUCAUUGCUAGGAGAGAAAGGGAAAAAGACUGAAUUAACAAAUACUUAGUUCACUUUGAACCAUUCCAUUAUCAGGAUUUUUACCCAGGUGAACUGUAAUGCAGGAGAAACAAGACUUUCUACAAUGGAUAUGUUAGCAGAACAACUGCAAAUAGGAAGGAGAAAGCAGAUUGCUGUGACAUGGAAUUGAGCAUGGUUCUGAAGUGUGUAUAAGCUUUUAUCCAGAACUCUAAACUGGGAAGUCAUCAUCUAGCUGAGAUAGUACAUAAGGCCUGCAAAAAUUUGUCAAAAACAGACUACAGGAAGCAAGUAGAAAAAGCACCUGUGAUCUGUAUCGGCUUGUCUUACAUUACACAGCAAGCAAGCCUAGCAACAAAGGUAGUAUAAAAACUUAUAUUGAAUUGUGAGACUUUGCACUGAUUCAGGAUCUGAAGAAAAGCCACGUACAAGAGCCAGGGCACCAAGGAGGCAGAAGGGAAAAUUCCAGAGGGAGCAGGUAAGCACCAAGACAGUGGUUAUGUGAUCAGAAAGGGGGAUGAAGAGGGCCUGUCUUCUUUCCCACCAUAAAAAAAAAAAACACUAAUGAAGCUGGGGAUAAAAGCAACAAUCCCAGGCAGAUACCAGCUGCCAGAGCUUUUAAUGAGAAUUUCAGACAGCUUGUUGGAUCAUGCAAGUUCACUUUUGACUCCCAAAUAAUUCCUGCACUUACAUGGGGUGAGUGAACAGGCUGUGCAAUAACAAUGGAGCUGCGCACCAGGACCAGUGCUGCUUCAUCUCGACAAAGAAAUGAUGUGUGCAGGCUCUACGUUAUGACUCCAUCCUUCACGAAGACCCAUCCUUCCCUUCUGAAUUGCUAACAGGCUGCAGAACUAGUAGCACAAACGCAAAGCCGUCCCGUAGGUAUGCCAGGUGAGUGGACCGUCAAGUGUCUGAGUGCUACAUCUGCACCCGACUGAACAACGCUGGUCAGUGAAAAGCAUUACGGAGAGAAAGCAGCAGGACCUCUCCCAGCUCACGUCCCACCCGCAGUUUUCCACAGAGGAAUCCUUCAGGUGCUGUUUUUUUUCCCAUUCUCCUAUAACAACCUGAGAGCUGCUCAACUCCACGCACAUCUCCUUCCGACGGACUCAAUGCCACCGCGGCCCCUCGACUUCUCGCCAGCCACGGCCAGGAGCCCUCUCCACAGCGGUAAUUCUCGCUGCGCCGGGGCAGCGCCUCAACCGCACGCCUGGGGGCUUCCCAGCUGCUCCUUUGCAGAAAGGCGACGAUGCUGUCGAUGGCAGCUCUCUCCGACGGGCUGCCGAGCGAGCAAGAGACAGCGGUUCCCAACUCCCGCCCUGCCGAAAAGCCCAUCCACCGUCCAGCUUCACAUCGCAGACCGCAGACGCCCGUUGUGGGGGCACCCUGCAGCUGCCGCCGGGGCGGGGCGGACGGGGAGCGCGGCGGGGCGGCCAAUCAGGCGGCGCCCCCGCAGCAGUUACGGCGGCGUGAGGGGAGGCGCGAGUGCGUUGAUGUUUCUCUCUCCGGCGGGAGGGGGGAGGAGGAGCGGCCAAGGGGGCGCGGGGCGGAUUUGUCGCGCGGGAGUGCGCGCACUGGGUCUGCGGGUUCAGGACCGGACUAUGGCGGUACCGGGCACUCGGCGGCCCCGGGCCCUGCUGCGCCUUCUGGUAGCCGCGGUUCUGCUGCCCGGGACGGCCGCAUUACAGUGUUACUGCCAUCUAUGCACAAAGGACAACUUUACCUGUGUGACAGAUGGGCUUUGUUUUACCUCAGUAACACGGAUUGCAGAUAGAGUCAUACACAAUAGCAUGUGUAUAGCAGAAAUUGAUCUGAUUCCCCGGGACAGACCAUUUGUUUGUGCACCAUCCUCCAGAGAUGGAGUUACUACUUUGCCUCAUUGUUGUGACAAAGACCACUGCAAUAAAAUAGAACUUCCAAUUCCAACACCAGGUCCUACUCCAGGAAGACCAGCUUCUAGUCUAGGACCUGUGGAACUGGCAGCUGUUAUUGCUGGACCUGUCUGCUUUGUCUGCAUUUCACUGAUGCUGAUUCUUUAUCUUUGUCAUAACCGUACCAUAAUUCAUCAUCGUGUGCCAAGUGAAGAAGAUCCUUCAUUGGAUCGUCCCUUUAUAUCUGAAGGGACUACUUUAAAGGAUUUAAUUUAUGAUAUGACAACUUCAGGUUCUGGGUCAGGUUUACCUUUACUUGUGCAAAGGACAAUUGCACGAACUAUAGUACUACAAGAAAGUAUUGGUAAGGGUCGCUUUGGAGAAGUAUGGAGGGGGAAAUGGAGAGGAGAAGAAGUUGCUGUGAAGAUCUUCUCUUCAAGAGAAGAGCGCUCAUGGUUUCGAGAGGCAGAAAUUUAUCAGACAGUUAUGCUACGACAUGAAAACAUUCUUGGAUUCAUAGCUGCGGACAAUAAAGACAAUGGUACAUGGACGCAGCUGUGGUUGGUGUCGGAUUAUCAUGAACAUGGGUCACUCUUUGAUUACCUGAACAGGUAUACAGUAACUGUGGAAGGAAUGAUAAAACUAGCUUUGUCUACUGCCAGUGGCCUUGCUCAUCUUCACAUGGAAAUUGUAGGCACACAAGGAAAACCAGCCAUUGCCCACAGAGAUUUGAAAUCAAAAAACAUAUUGGUUAAAAAGAAUGGAACAUGCUGCAUUGCAGACCUGGGGUUGGCAGUUAGGCAUGAUUCAGCUACAGACACAAUUGACAUUGCCCCCAAUCACAGAGUAGGAACAAAAAGGUACAUGGCACCUGAAGUUCUAGAUGAUUCCAUAAAUAUGAAACAUUUUGAGUCAUUCAAACGAGCAGACAUCUAUGCAAUGGGAUUAGUAUUUUGGGAAAUUGCUCGUCGAUGUUCAAUUGGUGGAAUCCAUGAAGAUUACCAGUUGCCAUAUUAUGACCUAGUUCCUUCAGAUCCUUCUGUUGAAGAAAUGAAAAAAGUUGUUUGUGAGCAGAAGUUAAGGCCCAAUAUCCCAAACAGAUGGCAGAGCUGUGAGGCAUUACGAGUAAUGGCAAAAAUCAUGCGGGAAUGCUGGUAUGCCAAUGGAGCUGCUAGGCUAACAGCUUUGCGUAUUAAGAAAACACUGUCACAACUUAGUCAACAGGAAGGGAUAAAGAUGUAAUCCUGGAUUUGCUACCAAAAACAAAACAAAAAACUGUAAAAAUCCAUAUCUGCACCAGAGUGGCGUGUUAAGAAGGUUAAUUGUUCUACCUCACUGGGGGAACAGAAGGAUAUUGCUGCCUUUUAAUACUUCAUAGGAACGUCACUUACUAGGAUUUCUGUGGAUGUGCUAAGCAGUUGCUUUGGGUCCUUUCUGUGCACUAUGAACCUCUUUCUGAGGUUACUUAUAAAACAUCGUGUAGACUAGUUCUAUUAACCUACAAUUUUGUAUUUGGGAAGUUCAUAGCUGGUGUUAAUUUCUAGUAAGCUGUUCUGAAAACAAGAUCACUUUUAAAAUGGAAGUGGUUCAUCGUAUUGUUCUAGAGUGCAUUGAAGGCUUCUUAAGCAAUGUUAUUCCGGCCUGGUACAUCGAGUAUUCUGAACCACUGGUACAGUUCUUUGAUUCAGAUUUUGAAUGUACUGUUGGAGUAUGCUGUGCUGCCCAUUAAGGUUGUAUGUCUUUUGAAUGCUUACUUUUAUUUGCAAAUUGACCUCAUUCAGUAGUGGGGAACAUAAAUUAUGCAACUAUAGACAUGAUUACUGUUUUUUUUUUUCCAUAUUUCCAAAACACUACAUUGCCUUUAAGAUAGAUUGUAUUAUAUCAGUAAGUGCUGCUUUUGAGUCUUUUAAUGCAUACCAGCAAGUGCACAAAGCCCAUGGUACUUUUGAUUUCCAAGGAUAAACUGUUCCUUUCCCUAGCUGAGAUUUAAUUAACACUCAUUUCAGCCAAGUGAGUAUUGUAAUUCGUGGAAUACCUUGAGUUUUGCCAAAAUCUAACUCUUUAAACCAGUGUAUGAGUCUCAAAUUGUAAACUUGUCAGUUCACUAUCACACUUUGUAAUUGUCAAGUGAUGAGUCAUAAUUUAAGAUUUAUUUUAUGUGGUAAUUCUGAAAUAUUGGAGCACCCAUCUACUUCAGAAAAAUAGCAAGAAAAUUAAGAUGACCUUAAGGGUUAUUUUCCCCCAUCAAAUUAAAUAAUAGAAGCGUAUAUUCUGCACAGUUCUGUGAAGUCUUUAGGCUUAAACAUGAAUAUUUGCAAUUAAAUGAGCGUGAAGUGUACUUGUGACUAGGGAGACUUAUUUAGGAUUUUGUACAAGAAAGCUAGAAGCUGCCUGUGAAUCUUAUGUGCAUAUUUUUUGUGUCACAUGAAAAGAAAAUGAUGAGCUAUAGAAACCAGUGAGCUGGAGAUGUUUAGAUACAAAUACCAGAGGACUCCUAUCAGUGUUCUUCAGAGUUAGAAGAACAAACCUUAAGAUGGUUUGUGUUAUCAUAAGAAUACAAAAGAAUGUGCCUGGCUUUAGUUAAACUUUGCUUGAAAUUCUAGGGACAUGACAACAUCUGCACAAACUUAUUUAGAAAUUGAAUUCCUUCCUGCCCAACUUCUGGAUGCGGGUAGGGAAACUUCUUAAAAUUGUUCCUUCCAGGAUAAGUUUCAGUGGCAUUGUUGGGAAAAGUCUGGUUAAUCUUUGACUUCCUUAGUGCCUACCAGGAUUUCUGUUUGUAAAAGUGCCUGGUAAUUAGUACAUAAACCAACAGUUAACCUUUUACUCUCCAGAAGUGUUCUUGGCAAGCAAUACACAGCAACCUUAAUUCUGCUUUCUUUUUGUUUUUCAACAUACAGCCUCUUGAAGGUUGUUCACAAAGCUAGUAGGGACGGCAAGGUGAUUGCUAAUAGUAGCAUAGCUGAGAUUUUGCUGCUUUGUCUGUGAUACAUAGUUGUUAAAAGCAGUAAGAUGGGCAGAUCCUAGUGAAAAGGCUAUGUAGGUGGCAAAAGUCUUGGCCAAGGCUUAGUGUUAGCUAAGUCUUGACUAGUUUCCCAUUCUUAAUGCUUGCUUGGAGAUGGGUUUAAAUGAUGUGGGAAUUACAAAGUAGCAGAGCUUGAACUGCAUGUAAUGAAAUUCUUUCUUCAGCCAUCACUGUGGAUGAGUUUGGAGAACAGAAUGCAAGGAAAGAGAAGUUCUUAGUAGAUAACAGCUGGGUUGAAAUGUUCAUACAACUGUCAUGCUUAUGUGUUGUAUUUCUUUUUGACAUGACUGCUUUCAGGACACUAUCAAAGUUAAACCAAAAUGACUUCACAUAGGGAUUUUAAACUACCUUUAUGCAAAUGACCAAUUUUCCAAAUAUGACCAUUUAAACAAAAUGACCAAAUGUAACUGAUUUCUCCAUUCUACUUAUUUGGAAUGCCCCUUUAGUGCAUCCUAUAGAUGCAGAAAAGUGCAUACAGAAAACAAGUUAGCAUCAAAGGAAGACGUACUAUUUGCUCCGUACUAAUUUUAAAGACUUCCUAUUUAAAUUAUGUUAAAUUUUGAUGUUUGUCAUAGCUUUACCUGAUUCUUUACCUUAGAUACCAAUGGUAUAGUUCAUAAUUUAGAAACAUCAUGCCAUGGGAAGGACACCCAAUACUGUGUGACAUUACAAAUAUUAUUUUAGAACAACUAUGUUGUUCAUAUUGGAAUGCAGUACAGGAAAAUUCUGAAUGGAUAUGUAUGUAUCCUCAGUUCGGAUACCACAACUUCAUGCUGUGUUCUUCUUUUACAUUAUAAAAACUGAACACCUUUUACAAAGGCUGUGUCUGUAUAUAUUACGUAACUUUAAAUGUUGCCUGUGCAAGAUCAUAUCUUAUAUGUAUGGACACAGGUACACAUAAGUAUUUUUUAAAUUAAGAUUUUAUUAUCACCGGAUCUGCUCUUGGAAAUCCAGGGGGACCAAAUUAUUUUAGCAUUCAAAAUACUAAUUUUAUAUCAUUUCAAGUAUAUACCAAAACAGUUUGAAUACUGAUGCAAAUGUUUAUUGUAAAUAUACGUACAUUAUAUGUUCACUUAAGUUUUAUGGAUUCAAUCAGUUUGAUAUUUUAGUAGCAGUGGAAGCCUCGGCGAUCAUGUGGAUGCAUACUGACAUGUAGAAUAAAGAGUGUUGAAAAUUUUCUAAUGCUGAAAAGCCCAAAAUAAUGCUUUUGGAAUGCUGGACUUCUUCAGGGACCUUUUAAUGUUGAAAGCUGGAAUUCUGAGAUGUUUAUCAAGCUGACUUUCUGGGCAUGACGACAUACUUGUCACCCUCCUGUGGUCUCACCUGUAAUUCUGAGAAAGACUUUGUAUAUACAAACAUUGACUGUAUGGGAACAUGAAGGUGUCAAACAAAGAAGAGGCUAUGUUAUGUUUUCAGUACUUGUUUUCAGUGUGAUUGCCAUGAAUUCCAGCUUUUAGUUAGUUCCUUGUUUAUAUCGUUCCAUUGAAAUGAUUGUAUGGUGUUAAUCAUUUUAUGUUUAAAAAAAAAAAAAAGAAAGAAAGAAAAAAAAAAUCACUGUCAGUUGCUUUAAACUCUAAUUACCUCUUAAAAGGCCAAGGUACAUUUACCUCGUGUAUAUAGUGCUUAAUAUUUUCAGAACAUUUUCCAGAUUUGCAGGUACACGUUUCUAGAAUAUGGCUAAUACUAAGUUUUUAGCUUCAGUGGUACUAAGUGUAUUAUCACAUGCCCCAAAACACUUUCAUAUUCCAUAUUUUAUUGUAUUAGCAAGUCUGCUGCUUUGAGUGUAGCACCUACCCCUUUACAUAGCUGUGUGGAUGGAUACUGCCUUGUAAAUUUUAUUUCUUGGAUGAUAAAUUUGAUGAUCCUGUACAGAUGACUGUCACUUUUUUAAACCUUAGAAAACUGUGCAUUUCCCUUUACAUUUCUGAAAAUGUAUUGUAUUUUUAGAGUAUACAUUUCAAUGGAUUGUAAAUAGGAUGACAGUAGAAGAGUGGAUGCUUACAUUAGGUGCUAACACUACAACAGAGAGAUUAAAGGAGUGAAAAUGUGUGUGUAUAUAUA